CAGGAAGCUAGCCGGAUAUCCACCGUCUCACAAGCUUCGUGGCGGUGGGUGGGGAGUCGUGCAUACCUUCCCUUGUUUAUCUCACCCAAGCACUGACAACCGGGCGCUCAGCCUGUGUUGCCCGGCGCUAGGAGGAGCUGGAGUCGUGACAUCAUCGCGCUUGCCCUCAUCACCGAAGCGGGUUUGAGACGUCACUAGCGUCACCGCCAUCAGCAGCUUGUAGCGCUGGGGGCAGUAGGAUGCAGCAGCCGGGCCCCGCUGUACGCCUGCACAGCAACAACCCACCCGGAGACUUCACCUUCGUCUCCUCCACCGAGGCAGAUGAUCAAACAGACCUGACUGGGUCAAUAGCAGCACCUGAUGUUAAGUUAAACCUUGGUGGAGACUUCACCAAAGAGUCAACAGCCACCACAUUUCUUCGCCAAAGAGGUUAUGGUUGGUUACUGGAAGUAGAGGAAAAUGACCCUGAAGAUAAUAAGCCUUUACUGGAGGAGUUGGACAUAGAUCUUAAAGACAUUUACUACAAAAUCCGAUGUGUUCUGAUGCCGAUGCCAUCUCUUGGAUUCAACAGACAAGUAGUUCGAGACAAUCCUGACUUUUGGGGACCACUUGCAGUUGUUUUAUUCUUUUCAAUGAUCUCACUCUAUGGCCAGUUUAGAGUAGUGUCCUGGAUUAUCACAAUUUGGAUAUUUGGAUCACUGACCAUUUUCCUGCUUGCUAGGGUACUUGGUGGAGAUGUGGCUUAUGGACAGGUCCUUGGUGUCAUAGGAUAUUCACUGCUUCCAUUAAUAGUAAUUGCCCCUGCGCUUCUAGUGGUUGGAUCAUUCGAAAUUGUUUCCACAGUAAUAAAACUCUUUGGUGUGUUCUGGGCUGCCUACAGUGCUGCAUCCUUAUUGGCUGGAGAAGAGUUUAAGACGAAGAAGCCUCUUUUAAUUUAUCCCAUCUUUUUAUUGUACAUUUAUUUUCUAUCUUUGUACACAGGAGUGUGAUGACAGUUUUUUUUAGACCGUUCAUUUAUUUGGUACAUUGGUAAAAAGUAUAAUGCUGGUUGGGUUGGGAGUAGCCUUUUCAUGGUUAUAGUCCUUUCUGGAUAUUUGGAAUGUAUCAAGGCUGUAUGUGUGUAUAUAUCACCCCUAAGUUCAGUACAAGGGGCUUCCUCUGUAAAUGGCAAUAUGGUGCAGGCCCCUCAAGUCAGGGAUCAACAAAAGCAAUUAAAAUUCUGUAACUUAUUAUUUUUAUUUUUUUUGUAUUAGCAGUUUAUAUUGUCUUAAGUUGAUCUUAUCUGAACACCUACAGAAAGAGCGCAGCAUUUAACCAAUCAUUUCAACGUGGUUGGUAGGAUCUACUGUUUGGUAUAUGCAUUAAAUAUGGAUACAGCACAUGACUGUUAUCAAAUGUGGAACACAUAUUGUUGGUUUUCCAAAUCUGUAUGUUUAACUUAUAUGCUGAGAUUUCAAUACUGACCAGCCUGAUGUUCUAUGAAAUAGUUUUUUGGAUGCCUAAAUAACAGGUAACCCGAUAACAGAUAUUCUAUUCCUAUUAUCUUUUCAGUUUUGAUAGACCUAUGGUGCACCUUUUUAAUCUGUUUAUCUUUGUUAUGUGGGAGUAAGGUGUGUGUGUGUAUAUAUAGAGUCUAAAAUAUUUGUUUUUACAUGUUUUAAUUUAGCAAAUUCUGUAAAAUAGCACUAAAGCAAGGGGUUAUAUUCUCAUUUGGGAAUAGCUUCAGAAAUACAAAUUUUUUUUUUUCCCAUGUAAAUUGUUAAUUUGUUGUACAUUUUAAGUUUAGGCAAGAUGGUAUGUCAAUGUAAUUGGAUAGCUUCUUUGGAGGUUUGUGGAAUAAAGUGCCAGAUUAAGAAAUAUUUGCACAGUGGGGAUGUGCCAGAUUAAAAACUGUGGUGAAAGUGCAGAGUUCGAAGCAUCACGUUCUGCAUGAUUGCCUGGACCUUUUUAGUCCUACUCGUAUCAGCAG